AUGGAUUCAAUGACGCUACCAUCCAAAGAUGAACUAUUUAACCAUUGGAUCGGCAAGGACAUCGCUGAUGUGCCUAAGCCCGCUGCAGUAGUCGACCGAGCCAUCAUCCGACGGCACUGCGAGCGGAUGAAGAAAACUGUCAAGGCUCUUGGUGUAGGCUUCAGAGCUCAUGUGAAAACACACAAGACAUUUGAAGUCGCCAAGAUGCAAAUGAAGAACGGCGACCCCGAGGUCAAGUUCAUUGCUUCAACGCUGCUCGAGAUCGAGAUGCUAGCUCCGUUCUUGAAGGCCCAGAAAGUUGCGCAACGGUCGGUCAAUGUACUCUAUGGUAUUCCCCUCGUACCCUCGCAGGUGCCCCGCCUCGCGGAGCUGGCAGCGCGUAUCGGGGAAGACAGUAUCUCCGUGAUGAUCGACCACCCGGACCAGGUGCCAUAUCUGAAGAAAUUCUACGAGCGCACCAACUUCCCCGUCUGGGUCUUUGUAAAAGUCGAUACGGGCUAUCACCGCGCCGGCCUGCCGCCCGUCUCGCUCAACAAGAACGGGCUGCUGGAGAAGCUGGCCGAGGCCGAGGCUGAAGGCUGGGCGCGCCUGCUUGGCUUAUACUCGCACAGCAGCCUGAGCUAUAGCGCGAGGACUCCCGAGGAGGCGAUGGCCCAUUUGAUUGGCGAGAUCCGCGGCUGCAAGGUUGCGCUGAACAGGUGGCUGCCUCUGCUUCCGUGGGACCGACCCUUAACUAUCAGCGUUGGAGCAACACCUCAGGUAUCGUGUGCGCAUAACCUGGUCGAGGAGGGGGCUUCCUCACCUGAGGCAGAAGAGCUCAGGGCGCUGCUUCGGAGUUCCGGUGCUGAGAACGCUGACGCACAGGUCCGGAUCGAGCUGCAUGCCGGUAACUAUCCUUUCCUAGAUAUGCAGCAGGUUUCUACAAAUGCUCGCAUCGGCACUGGGAAACCUGAAGACGAGAUAGCCAUGUCAGUCGUUGCAGAGGUGUGCAGUGUCUACAAUGAUGGCGAACGCGAGAAGCCGGAAGCCCUUCUUGCCGCGGGGACCUUGGCCCUCGGCCGAGAGCCGUGUGCUAGCUACGCUGGAUGGGGUGUAUUAUCUUCCUGGCGUCGGAAUGACGACCCUGGUGCACCGCGGCUGAUCAUCGAUCGGAUCAGCCAGGAACAUGGGAUCGUCGCUUGGGAGGCUGGUCCUCAUAAGAGUAUACCACUGAGUAUUGGACAGGUAGUGAAAAUAUUUCCCAACCAUUCGUGUGUGGCCGGGGCCUUUUAUGGGUGGUAUUUCGUGGUAGACUCAGACCGGGAGCCGGAGGCCUCACAGAUUGUGGAUAUCUGGGUUCGUGGACGAGGGUCGCAUAUUUCGGAUCCGUUGCUGGCAACCAGGUUUCAGUAA